AUGAUAGACUUUGAAACAUAUCUACAAUUGAUGGUGGAUAGGGGAAAUUAUUAUUCCGUUUUCGAAAAUGUUCUUAUUUAUUACAUUUUUAAGAGAUAUAUUAAAACAUUUUUCUCUACUCAUUCAAAUAAUUAUAGUAUUGAAAUAUGUUCUUGUAGUGAAUUAAGUUUAAGUAAUUUAAUUUUUUCAAACUUGAUAAAUUCUGAUUUUAUUGUAGAUUAUGAAAACACGAGUUUAGUAAAAUUUUUCUCGCGUAUUAUAUUAAGAGAGAAAACCAACAAACAUAAUAAAACCAAUUUUCAAAAUUAUUGUGAAAUCAAAAAAAAAAAAAAAAAAAAAAAAAAAGCUAGCUAUCUAGCCAAAUGGAAUAUCAACCUUUUGAAAAUACUUCAUCAUUAUUACACGUCGGAAAAUAAGACUGAAAAGAAACUUGAAAAAAAAACUGAUAAACAAAUCAAUGAUUUCUUUCAUAGAUUUGGGAAAUAUAUCAUAUCUUUGUUACAUUUCGAAAAUAAAAUUAUCAAAACAAAAGACAAACCAUUGUUUUUAUUUUUGUUUCUUUUAUUGUUCACUAAAAAGUCAGUAAGCAAAAAUAAGGGCGAUGAAAAAAAACAAGCCAAAAAAUGUAUGACUAUAAAAAAAAGUCCAAAACAAAAUACCACAUUUUUGGAUGAAGGAGAAAAGUUUUAUGAAUAUAUUAAUAAUGGACAUUUUCAAAAUAUAAAAUAUAAUUCUAUAAAUAAGUUGGUACAUAACCAUUUACAUCAUGUUUACAUAUUUGACGAGAAAUACAGUACGAAUGCCGUUGACAAUGAAGAUCAAAAGGGAACCGAAGAAAUAGGAUGUGAUGGUAUGUGUGGAAGGAAAAAAAAAAAAAAAAUUAUUAUUUUAUGUAAAAAGUCUUUAUUAUUUUUAAGUAAAAUAUGCUUAGAUUAUUUAAAAGGAAUAAAUUAUAAAAUUUAUGAAAAACCUCAUUUAGUAUUUACAAAAGUGAAUAAUGAUCCUUUAAGCUUUAUCAGAACAAAAAGGGAAGACCCCUUAUUUAGUAGUUAUAUUCCAUUAAUAAGUUAUAUAAAAAAUAAAAAAAAAUCAAACAUAAUAUUUAACAUUUUAUUGCUAAAAACGUUUUAUAAAUCUAAAUUUAUUAAGACAAUUUCAAGAAAAACUAAUGGUUGCCCUACAUUUUUUAAAAACUAUUUAACUCUCUUUUAUUUUAAGUUUGUUUGUCAUAAUUCUGACCAAUUGCGCAUAACGAACAUCCCUAUUCUUUCACAAUAUUUCCAAAUAUUAAAAUUGGCAAAUGAAUGUAAAAAUAUAAAAUCGUUUCCCUUUCAAAUGUACAGUGAAUAUUCUGAAGCAAACCUUUACAGAUUGUUGUGUAAAAGGGAACAUAAAUAUUCUAACAAUAGUACUAAAGACAAAAGUGAAAAAUACAUUCUCUUUACACUAACAUGCGCAUAUAUAUGCCUCAUACUCAAUAACAAUUAUUAUAACUUAUACUUUUUAUUUAUUAUAAUUCUUUUAAAAAGUGAGCAUUCAAAACUCCAUGAUAAAAUAAAUUAUUUUAUAAAUCAAUUGAUAGAAUUCGAUCCCAGUAAUCAAUAUCUAUGGAAUGUGAAAAAUAUGCUUUUUUAUAUAUACAUACAAAAAAAUAUAAAGAAGUAUAUAUAUCUUACUUACAUGCAUGGAGGGAAAUCAGAGGAUAUGAACAUUUUCUUACCCUCCUUUACCUGCAUAAGUAAUGUAGAAAACUAUUCUCAAAUUGAAAGUUUUCAAAACAAUCCAUUUGAUAACAUUAAUAAUUAUCAAAGAAUACAAAAAAGAAUAUGGAGCAAACAAAAAUCAUUCACAAAAGGGAAGUCGGUUAUUAAUCCUUUGCUUUCCUAUAAACAGUCCCCUCACAACCGUAAACAUAUAAUUCCUAAAAAGUGUAAAAAUAAAAAGAGCGAAAAAAAUACACUUACUUAUUUUAAUAAAAAAAAUUUUAAAUAUAUAAGGAAAAAUUUAAAUUUGUUUUUUAAAAUUCUGGAAAAAAAAACAUAUAAUUAUAUGGUAGCUUCACACAUUUUUAUUUUUUACAACAGCUUUUAUUUUUUUCCCUCAAAGGAAGCUAUACUUUUAAAAAAUAAAGUAAUCCCAAUAAAUUAUAAAAAUAUUUUAUACAAAAAUAUUUAUUAUUAUGCAAUUCAUAAUUCCUAUCUUUUAUUUUGUAUAAAAAAUUUAUACCAAGAUAUUAUUGCUUAUUUAAGAGAUUUUUUUGUUGUAAUAAUACGAAAAAAUAUCUUCGUAUACAAUUGUAGUUUCCCUAUUAUUCAAAAAGAGUGUUUGUAUUGCAAAAAAAAAAUAACUAACCAAAUAAAUGCAUAUAAUGAAAGUAUUAGUUGUCAAGACACAAAAAUAAAAAAUAAAACAAAAUCCUACAACAUUAAUUUGUUAUCAUUUUAUUCCAGUAAUGAUAAAAAAGACAAGCUACCCAUUCAAAACUAUAAUAUUUCCGACCUUUUUUAUUUCUCUUUUUGUAUUAAUUGUAGAAAUAAAUUUUCCCAUAACACCGAAAAAUUAAAAAAUGCACUUUUAUUUAAGAAUGAUGAAAGAGAAAAUACAUACAAGUGUCCAAAUAAAAGUUCAGAAUAUAUACAUGUAAAAAAUAUUUAUUUCGACUUUUAUAUAAUCAAAAAUGACAACAAUAUAAGCCAAGAUAUCAGAAUAUCAACAUCCCUUUUUUUAUUUAAAAAAAUAAGCUUGUUUUUAAAAAAUUAUGAAAAUUUUUCAAAAAACAUUAUUCAAUUAUUAAAUGCUUAUUAUGGGGAAUUGUGGUAUUUACAUUUUUAUGCAAAUGGAUUAAGGAGUGUUUUAUAUUGUAUGCGUAAUUGUAAUUUUGUAUUUCUUGAGUUAUUUUAUAAUUUAAUUUUGCCACUAUUAUUUUGGGAAAAAAAAAAUAAUUACACAAAUAUAAAUGAAGAACCACACACAUAUUGGCCUCACCACCAAACUCAAAAUGGAAUAAAAAAGUAUAAAAACUCUGAUAAAAUAAUCUUCAACCUUUUUUCAAAAUUAGACAUUCAUUAUAUUAAGCAACUAAAGUUUUUUAAAAAAUAUUACACAAGUUUUAACGUAAAAUAUGAAGGUAAAAAAAGACAAAAUAAGACACUUACUAUUAUAAAACAAAUCAAUAAAUUAUUUAAAUUUUAUUUAAGUGGCGACAAGCCAUUUUACUUUUAUCAAGAUGGAAAAAAAAAAAAAAAAAAAAAAAAAAAAAAAAAAAUGGAUAACUAG